AUGCCCCAUCCCGUCAAAUAUGGCAAACCCGUCAAAUAUUAUGGUAAACGCGAACGAUUGACUUAUGGAAAGAUCCCGGAGAUUAUGGAUCUCCCGGAUCUCAUUGAGGUUCAAAAAUCCUCCUACGAAGAAUUUCUUCAACGAAAUACCCCUCUAGAAGAUCGGAAAGAUAAGGGUCUACAAGCUGUCUUCGACGAAAUCUUUCCGAUUCCCGACUUCAGCGAAACUUCCGAACUCCAGUUCGUUAGUUAUUCACUCGGCACCCCGAAAUACGACAUUAAUGAAUGCCAAGCCCGCGGAUUCAGUUAUGCGCUGCCAGUGAAGGUUUGUGUCCGAUUGGUUCUCAGAGAAAAAGAUGAGGAUACCGGUGAAAAUCAGCUUAUCGACAUAAAAGAAAACGAAGUCUAUAUGGGCGAAAUUCCGCUCAUGACGGAAAACGGUACUUUCAUUAUCAAUGGCUCUGAACGCGUGAUUGUCAGUCAGUUACAACGAUCGCCCGGCGCAACGUUUGGGGAAGAUACCCAUACCAGUGGGCAGACGCUCAACACUGCCAGAAUUAUUCCGUAUCGUGGCGCGUGGAUUGAGUUCGAGUACGACAUCAAAGACCUGGUUUACGUCCGGCUCGAUCGACGGAAAAAAAUGUUCGUAACCGUUCUGCUACGGGCUCUGGGUUGGGAAACCGAUGAAACCAUCCUCAGCUGUAUGCUAAAACAGAACAGGUUAAGGUUGACGACUCCCUAA